AUGGCUCUGUCCCAUGUGUUUGGGUCCAGAUGCUACUCCUCGGGAGGAAGGAAGGGAUUCAUCUCAGGUUUUGUGGAGAACAUCAAACAGGAGUUAGCCAAAAACAAAGAGAUGAAGGAAAGCAUCAAAAAAUUCCGAGAUGAAGCCAAAAAGCUGGAGGAGUCGGAUGCCCUGAGGGAAGCCAGGAGGAAAUAUAAAACCAUUGAAUCCGAAACAGUGAAGACCUCAGAAGUGAUUAAAAAGAAGCUUGAAGAAAUAACAGGGACGGUUAAAGAGGGAUAUUCCUCAGGGUGUUGUCUGUGUUUGUUGCAAGUUCAUUUUUCCCAAAUAAUCCACAUUUUAUCCCUGUUUUCUGCCCUCUCUAGGGAAGCCAUGGGCAUGGUGCUGCAUAAAGACUCCAAGUGGUACCAGCAGUGGAAAGAUUUCAAGGACAACAAUGUGGUUUUUAACAGGUUCUUUGAGAUGAAGAUGAAAUACGACGAGAGCGACAACGCCUUCAUCCGAGCGUCGCGCGCCGUCACCGACCGCGUCACCGACCUGAUAGGUACCGGGACAGGGACAGGGACAGGGACAAGGUGNGCCCAUCCCAUCCAGCAGGCCAAGGCCCUGGGGCUCCAGUUCCACUCCAGGAUCCUGGACAUCGACAACAUCGACCUGGCCAUGGGGAAGAUGAUGGAGCAGGGGCCCGUGCUGAUCAUCACCUUCCAGGCCCAGGUGGUGAUGGUGAUCAAGAACCACCUGGGGGAGGUGGUGGAAGGGGACCCGGACAAGGUGCUGAGGAUGCUCUACGUGUGGGCCCUGUGCCGGGACCAGGACGAGCUGAACCCUUACAUGGCCUGGAGGCUGCUGGACAUUUCCUCCUCCAGCACGGAGCAGGUGCUCUGAGCAGGGCUGGGCUCAGGGCUGGGCCCUUCCCACCCUCUGCCAGCUGCUCCAGCCUGGAACCCCCACGGGGAGCUGAAGAUUUGGGAUUUGAGCUCCUGAUUAUCCCAAUCCCUGAGGAAUGGGAAUCCCUGCUCGGGGACACCUGGGACGAGCAGCUGCUGCUUCAUCCUCGUGCCUCAGAGGCUCCUGGGCAGCUGGGGACCCCCAGAGCUGUCAUUCCCACCUGCUGGCACCCUUGGAGAUCCCUGGAAGGGCCUUGGAGGGGGCUCCUGGCUGCCAAAGUCCUGGCCAGGCUCCAGCCUCGCCUCCCUGCCGUGUCUUGCACUUUCCCAAACCAAAUACAACCAGGACUUUGCACAUG